AUGAACCAACUACAAUUUCAUGGUCUCAAAGUGGAAUAUUCCAAUUCCAUUAAAGGGAAUUUUAUAAGAUUACCAGAGCGAAUAUGCCAAACGCUUGACUCAACGCCGUACCCCAUCCAGGAUUUUGAUAUAUGUAUCAAGACACCGAAACACACUUUCCAUCUUGGUUGGGAUGGAUUCACAUCACAGAAAAGUGAUCAAGUGGUGAUGAUCCAUCCCUUAAUUGGAUCUAUAUAUGGGAUCAACAACAAUGCAAGAGUAAACAUUUCCAUCAGCAGAUGUGAUAAAGAUUCUUAUGUCAGCGAAGUUCAUGUGGAACCAGUAACUAGCGAUGAUUGGGAGGUUAUAGAGUCAAAUUCUGAAAUUCUGCAGGACGAAAUCUUACAUCAAACUAGAAUUGUCUCCACUGGAAACAUAAUUAUAUGUUAUGUGGGUAAUAUCAUAGUAAAACUUUUAGUUAAACAAAUAUUACCAAAAACUUUGAAAACGGGGAGAAUCGUUGACGGUUCAUUGAUUAUUGUAGAGCCUAAGGAAAAUAAGAUACGAAGGAAAGAGGUUCUAAACGUUAAUGAGACAAGUGGCAAACCUGAAGUCCUGCAACAAAUGAUGCUGCGCUCAGUAGCGUGGAAGCUAGACGACGGCCAGACUGACCCUAUGACUGUCUGGAUACAUCCAAGUAAGAUUAAAUCUCAAUUUGCAUUUAUAUCUAUUAUUGAUAACCUGCUUGAACUUGGAAAAGAUGAUAAAAAUGAAAAGGAAAGAGAAAGUCAGCAAAUAUUUCCGGCAGAACGUAUAGCCGUUAAUGUCAAAGCAAUUAGACCAGGGGUCAGACGACCUACAACUGCUCUUAUCCCAUCUUCUAUGGUAUGGAAUACGCUCUGUACAAAACCAGUAAACGGUAUUAAAAUAAAAGUGGAAUUUGUUUCCCAUAUUAUUGAGAGUCCUAUUGAUUUGAAGGUUAAUUUACGUAAAGUUAAAUUCAAAAAUGACAAAAACCCAAUUGGGGAAACACUAUCAACUAUGAAAGAAAUGGAAGCAGCUACAGAUGACCAAGAACAAUUGAUGGAUUAUUUAAAAGGAUCUAUUAUUACCAAUGGUAUGAUAAUCCUAAAACAGGGAAUUCAGAUUGAAUUGAGUUCGAAAUCUUUUCCUUCGGUGAGUGCAUUCAAUCUUGUUGGCAAUCCAUUAACUAAGGAAUCUUGGACAAUACUCGAAGAUGAGCCAAGAGAAUGCAUUUUAUCUCGGAAUAUUGUCACCAAUCUCAUUGAAAAUAAAAGGAAAGCUGUUGCUCUAAACGAAAUUAUUAAGGAGAUAAUAUUAUUUGCAGUAAAUCCUAUAACAUCAUCAAAAGGGAUAUUAAUUGAAGGUCAUCCUGGAUCAGGGAAAACAACAUUACUUUCGGAAGUUUCUAAAAUAUUAAGCAGCUACCCAAAUAUGAUCCAUGUAAGAUACGUUAACUUUGAAACCGCUACGGAACUAUUAAGUUUUGAUAAAGCAAAGAAACUCUUUAACGAAUGGCUUUCUCUAUUAUACUGGUAUAGUCCAGCUGUCCUUAUCCUUGAUAAUGCGGAAUUCAUUCUGAACGGUAGUGUUUCUGAACAACCAGGAGCACCUCCCAAUACUAGUAAUAGUAACUCAGCUAAGUUAACAUCGGUUUUAAUUGAUUUAAUUGAAAAAGUUUCUCAGAAAAGACCCCAAAUAAAAAUUAUUUUUAGUAGCAAAAGUAGAGAUGCAUUGAAUAAGAAGUUGUUCGACACCCAUAUCAUAAGUAAAGUUUGGACAUUAAAAUCACCAGAUAGGGAAAAAAGAUUACGUUUACUAGAGUCUUAUUUUCAAGAGAAAAGUAGUGUCAAUUCAAUGAAGCUACAUCCGGAUUUAACAUUUAGUGAUAUGGCCUUGGAGACUGAGGGUUAUUCCCCAUUAGAUUUAGAAAGAUUUGUUGAUAAAUUGUUUCAUGAACUACAAAUAUCAAUGAUGGAGGGUAAAAAUUUAGAGAAUGUGAUUGAUAGAGAACUAUUUUUACAUUGUCAUGGAUCCUUUACACCAUCAUCUCUUCAAGGGGUGAAACUGACUAAGGAUACUGGUACAAGAUGGGGAGACAUUGGUGGAUUGAAAAAUGUUAAAAGAUUAUUGCUAGAAACAUUAGAAUGGCCUACAAAAUAUGCUCCAAUAUUUGCCAAAUGUCCUUUAAGAUUGAGAUCAGGUAUUUUACUCUAUGGUUAUCCCGGCUGUGGGAAAACGUUACUUGCUAGUGCCAUUGCUCAACAAUGUGGUUUAAAUUUUUUAUCUGUCAAGGGUCCUGAAAUCUUGAAUAAAUAUAUUGGUGCUAGUGAGCAAAAUGUAAGAGAACUUUUCGAGAAGGCUCAAUCGGUGAAACCAUGCAUUCUCUUCUUUGAUGAGUUUGAUUCCAUUGCUCCCAAGAGAGGCCAUGAUUCUUCGGGGGUCACUGACAGAGUUGUCAACCAAUUAUUAACGCAAAUGGAUGGGGCUGAAGGAUUAGAUGGUGUUUACGUACUUGCAGCUACUAGUAGACCUGAUUUAAUUGACUCAGCUCUCUUGAGACCAGGAAGACUAGACAAGAGUAUCUUAUGUAACAUUCCAAAUGAAGAUGAAAGACACGAUAUUAUUUGUGCCAUAACUGGACAUGGAAGGACUUCAAAAAGUAAACUAAAGUUGGCUCCAGGAGUCAUUUUACAACCCAUCAUAAAGAAAACACAAGGAUAUUCGGGAGCUGAUUUACAAGGCCUUUGUUAUAAUGCUUAUCUAAAAGCCGUCCAUAGACUGUUAGCCAGUAAUACGAAAGAGGACAAUAAUGCAUCUUUUACCACUCAAAAUGAUAGUAAAUUAAUUUACGAGAUAAUAAACCAGAAUGGAGAGCUAGAUAAGGAUGGAAUAACGGAAAACAUCAUCAAAGACUUGGAGAAACGUUCGGAGAAGGAUACUGUUAUGAACGAUGCAAACCAAGACAAGCCUGACAUAGAAUCUGAAAGGGAAGUACUAAUUACUCAACAUGACCUAUUAGAAGCAUGUAUUGAAACAAAGGCAAGUAUUUCGGUUUCCGAAUAUAACAAACUAAACAGGAUUUAUAACAAGUUUCAAGUUGAUCGUAGUGGUGAAAUGCCGUCUGGAGAAAACACAGAGGAAAUUGGGAGCAGACUAUCUCUUAUGUAA